UUCCUCUUCCUCGAGAUGUGCAGCGGCGGCGAGCUCUUUGAGCGGGUGAGCGACGGAGGCCAGCUGUCGGAGCGAGCGGCGCGGCCCAUCGCCAAAGGCAUCGCCGAGGCGCUCCGCCACUGCCUCUCGCGCGGCGUGGUGCACCGCAACGUCGGGCUCGAGAACGUGAUGCUCUCCGCCGAGGACCCGAGCGCGAUCAAGCUGAUUGACUUUGGUCUCGCCUGCACGCCGGUGCUGCAGUACGACUGCGUGGGCUCCACGUCGUACAUGGCGCCGGAGCUCUUCUUCGCGUCCGAAGGCUACCACGCGCCUCCCGUCGACUGCUGGGCGUACGGCGUGCUCGUCUUCUCCCUCCUCGCGGGCUUCUUCCCCUUUGAGGAGGCGAAGGCGUCCGACUGGCGGUUCGCCAAGCUGGCGCAGAGCGUCGACAGCGGAAUCGGCCCUUGCGACGCCAUCUACCGCAUGCACAACCGCUCCUGCCCCUUCUCGCCCGCCGCGCGCGAGUUCUGCGACGCCCUCCUCGUCAUCGACGCGAAUGCGCGCGCGACCAUCGAGCAGUGCCUCGAGCACCCGUGGCUGUCG